AUGAGUGUGCCAAGGCUCCCCGCCAUCGGUCGUUGCUCAAAUCCCUGUCGCUCACCAUGGCGCACCCGCAUACAGCCCUCUUUAUCCUCGCCUGCCCUCGCCGCCCUCCUCCGCACCCGCACCCGCACCCUCACCAGUCUGCCAGGCUCGUCCACGUCGUCGCCAUCGUCCCCGCCGCCUAAGCUACCGAUGACAAAACCCCUCUCGUCGCCCAUCCUCCCGCAGAGCAUGCCUCCUGACCCUGACUUCGAGCCCAGCCCCCCCAACAGCGCCCUCCUGCUCUUCUGCCUCUCCACCGGCCUCGUCGACAGCCUCACCUUUGCUGUCUCUGGUGUCUGGUGCGCCUUCGUCACUGGCACCACCGUCCAACUUGGCAUGGACCUCCCCGCCCUCCUCGCCCACCUCCCCGCACUCUUCGCCCACCUCCCCACCUCAACCACCGAGCUCUCUAUCGCGACGUCCCAAUUUCUCUCCUCUGGCAGCUCCGAACGCCUCAGCGCCCUCGGAGGCUUCCUUCUCGGCGGCCUUUCCGCCGCACGCUUCCCCGAGGCCAUCUCCCCCGCCCGCUCGACCGCUUUCCAAUCCGCCCUGCUCGUCAUGGCCUCUGUGCUCGUCUUGACGACCACACCCGCGGGCGCGGAGUAUCUCUCGUACUCGCACCUCACCCUCGCGCUCAUCUCGUCCAGCAUGGCCAUCCAGGCUGUCCUCGUGCAACGUUUCGCGACCCCGUACGCGACGUCCGUCGCGUGGACAAGUGUCUGGCUCAGCGCCGUCGCUCCCGGAUCCCCCACGAAGCGCUGGAAACGCUUCGUCGGCCUCGGCGCCGUCAUGAGCGGCGCCGCCCUCGGUGCGAGCCUCCUUGUGUUUGGAGUGGAUGAUGAAGAGAAGGCGAGGGAGGAGAUGGUGCAUCGUGUAGGAUGGGGGCUGGCCGUGGCUGCGCUAGUGAAGGCCAUCGUUGCGGGCAUGUUUUGGAGAAGAGGACGAAGACGCGGUAUUCAGCUUUAA